CGCCCCAUGAAAACUCCAUGGAAACGGCUUCCUGGCGUUCUAGCCGUAGACAAGUAACGCUAGCUAGCUUGCUUGCUUUUGGACCAUUACUGUAUUACUAUACUCUUUACCUAGUUUUGAUUGCCGGAUUGCCAUUCGUGUUCCAUGAUGAGCCGAACUCCUGAUGCAAGAGCAAGGGAGACCCAGACCAAACAGAUCCAGGACAACAUCACCAACGUGGAGAAGCACUUUGGGGAGAUGUGCCAACUAUUCGCCGCCUAUGUCCGUAAAACAGCAAGGUUACGAGAUAAAGCUGACCUCAUGGUCAGAGAGAUCAGUCUGUAUGCAGACACGGAAACACCCAAUCUGAAGAAAGGAAUGAAACAGUUUGCUGACCAACUUGCCAAGAUUCAGGACUAUCGUCAAGCAGAGGUAGAGAGACUUGAAGCCAGAGUGGUAGAGCCUUUAAAAAGCUAUGGACCAUUGGUGAAACUGAAACGGGAGGACUUGAAGACAAGCCAGAGUGCCAGGAACCGAGAAGCCAAGCAGAUGCAGCAGCUGGAAAGAACAAGGCAGCGAAACCCCUCCGACCGACAGAUCAUUUCACAGGCUGAAAGUGAGUUGCAGAGAGCUACAAUGGACGCCACACGCACCACACGCCACCUGGAGGAGACAAUAGACGAGUUUGAGAAGCAGAAAAUCACUGAUAUCAAGAAGAUCUUCGGCGAGUUUGUGACCGUGGAGAUGACGUUCCACGCCAAGGCACUGGAGGUUUACACCACAGCCUUCCAGAACAUUCAGAUGGUGGAUGAGGACGAGGACCUGGAGGUGUUCAGGAGCAUGCUGCACCCCCCAGACUACAAGUCCCGCUUAGAACUAGUCCGUACUCAUUCCAAAACCUCCAUCACUCAGACUGGGUCCACCCUGAGUAGUUCAGGGACUUUGCAGCAACAGAGGACCCCGAGCAGGCAGAGGAGAAGGGAGGAGGAGGAGGAGGAUGAUGACGAGGAGGAGGACGAGGAGGAUUUGGAGGACGUCACUGACGAUGAAGACUGAACGCGCCCGAUGUCAUGUGCGUAUUUGUAUGCGUUGCUUUCGAGGGAAAGGCUGCACAUUGUGCAUUUGUGGCCAUAAAAAUGAUGUAACCACCCUGUAUAACUCUAUUUUGAGACCCCGUCGAAUAAGAAUGGGGAUUCUAGACACGAGCUGCAUGAUUAUACAGUAUGCUGUCUUGUAUGAUCUUAAAAUGGUACCUCAAACAUUGUAUUCACUAUGAAAUGCCACAAAGUAUUGUCGUACUUUCUUACCUUUUUUGCUUUUUGUAUUACGUAUAGUGCCAAAAGUAAAUUGUUUGGCAGUAUUUUCGAUAUUGUCAACUCUGUGAUUCACCUUCUUUUUUUUUUUUACAUAGAAAGAAUUAAAGUGGUUGCCAUGGAAUUCAAAACA